AGGUUCGAUCCCUAGGCCGGGAAGAUCCCCUGGAGAAGGGCAUGGCAAUCCCCUCCAAUAUUCUCUCCUGGAGAAUCCCAUGGACAGAGGAGCCUGAUGGGCUACAGUCCCUGGGGUCGCAGAGUCAGACACAACUUAGUCUGACUUUCCCUUAGCACAACUUUCCCUUAGCACGCACGGGAAAAAAGAAGACAGAGUGCUGUAUGCACUGUUUAGUUGGGAAAAUACUGCUCUGGGGGGGAAGAAACCGCAUGAGUUUCUCUCCUCUCCCUAGGCUGAGGCAUAUUCUGGGCUUUGGCAUAUUCUGGGCUGUGUUCGGGUGGAGCGGACGUGGAGGCUGUAAAUAACAGCUUUUGUGUGACAAUAGGAGUUUUGAGUCCAUAGGUUCAUUCAGCCUGAAAGCAGUACUGCGUCCUCCCCGUUGCCUGGGUGCCCUGCGUCAAGGUCGUUCAAGGUCACACAUUGAUGGUUAGCAUCGUUCUGGCCGACACGGCCCUGGGCACCUGGGCUUCCUCUCCAGGUUCCGGGCUCAGACGGCGGCUCAGACAGCAAACCCGGGAGACCGGCGUCUCCCCGGGCUUCUACGAGCUGAGCGACGGCGGCUCCUGCUCCCUGUCGACAUCCUGCACGUCCGUGUGCAGCGACCACGUGUCCUGCUCCCUGGGAACCUUGCUACCCGCCGCCCCCAAGGCCAGGCCUGGCUCUGGGGACUGCCGGCCCCGCUCGGCCGACGAGACCGCCGUGUGCGGGGUCCCCCUGCCUGCGUGGGGUCCCCCGGCCGGCGAGGAGGGGCCAGGCCAACUACUGCAGGAGGAGCCCCGGCCGCGGCCGGUGUCCACAGGUGACCUUGAAAGGAUCCUGCCGGCCGACGUAGGGCUGCAGAAAGCCGGGGCACACCCCGCGGCCACUCCCUUCCUCUGCCACGGUGUGGACCCCAAGUACCAGUGCGACCUGGUGUCCCGGGGCGGCCGGGAGGUGUACCCCUACCCCAGCCCGCUGCACGCCGUGGCCCUGCAGAGCCCGCUGUUCGCUCUGACCAGGGAGACGCCGCAGACUGAGGGCCGUGUGCCCCCCCGCCCGCCCCCCGCCAGCCCCGCAGGCCCCAGCUCCGUCCGCUCCGGGCUGGCCUUCGAGGCUGGCCCCGCUGCAGCCUACAUUGAGCGGCUGCUGCGACUGCGGGCCCGAGGGAGUGCGCGGGGGCCCCCUAGAGGGGAGGCGUCCCCAGCCCCGCCGCAGCUCGGUGCCCGGAAGGUGGACGAUGAAGGUGGCCUGGAGAAGCCGGCCUGCACCCCCGGGAGGGCAGUGGUGAGCGGGGCCGCCUGCGGGGACAGCCUCGCCCGGCCGCCACCUGCGCCCUCUGUGGGCACCCCACGCCCCAGCAGCCAUCCCGAGGGGGGACCCGGCCCCUCGUGUGGGCACAUGCGCGGGGAGACCCGUCCAGACGCCCCCCAGCUGGCCUGUGGCCGGGCCCCCGCUCCCCGCUGCCCCGCUCAGCCGACGGCGCUUGCUGGCUGGACGGGCGGAGGCAGGUGGCCGAGCGGGCGAGUGGACGGACGCUGCGCCCACCCCCACCUGGUUGCCAGCGGAGCUUCCCCCACAGGACCCCCCAAGACCAGGCCUGUGACGAUCAGGAGGGGGCCCAGCGACAAGACGCAGGGGCCUGGGAGGCCGCAGCUGCAGUGGGGCGCCCUCGGGGUCCCCCGGCCGCCCCCAGAGUCAGGGGGUGCUCCCUGGAGGCCCACGCUGGCCGCAGAGGCGCCCGGCCGGUCCUGCUCCGAGUCCAGCCUCUACCCCGUGUCCUUCUUCGUGCCCCUGCUGGUGGCGCGGCGGGAGGGUCACCGGGCGUCGGCUCAGGCCUUGUUCCCCUGGGAAGCCGCGCAGCUAGGGGCGUCCGGGGGCGCGGCGCGGAAGAGGCAGCGCCGGUGGCAGUCCUCAGUGGAGAUCUCGGCCCGGGCGCGCCCAGAACCCGGCCUGGGGCCCCGCAGGCCCGCAGCCCGGAGAGGGGGCCUCCCGAGGCCCGUGUUUGUCAGGCCCAGGCCCCCGCCGCCCCCGCAGGACGCCCGCGCCCGCAGCGCGUCGGAGGGUUCCGACGGCUCCGCCGAGUGCGCCUCGCUGCUCCUCUCCACCGCGGCCGGAAGCAGCGGGGAUGAGGCCAGCGACCACACCGCCAGCCGCUUCGGGGACGCCGAGUCCAGCGGCAGCGAGUCGGGGGGCGGCGGGCGGCCGGGCCAGCGGGCCCGCGCCAGCUCCAGGCCGGCCCUGCCCCCGGUGCCCAGGCUGUGCCGCGUCAAGGCCUCCAAGGCCCUCAAGAGGAAGAUCCGCAGGUUCCAGCCGGCCGCCCUGAAGGUCAUGACCAUGGUGUGAGGGGCGGCCGCCGGCAGAGGGGCCUCUCGGCUUCGGACCCGCCAGCCUCGCUCACUCGCGGCUGGCGUGCGGGCUGCCAUCUGACAGCUCUGCUCGGUCCCCGAAGCCGCCCUUUGACAGGGGUCCCCUCAGAGGAGCUGCCGGGGUGUCCCUGGGUGUGUCACCCCGGGUGAGGCUGUGACUCUGGGUGCGUCGCCCACGGGGCGCAGUGGAGACAACCUCCGGGACCCCGGGAUUGCAGACCUGACGGCCGGCCUCCCAGGCCCUGUGCCCUGAGCCCGGGAUGGGUGCCCUCGGGCUGGUGCACGUUGUGGGGCGGGCGGUAUCCCCGAUGGCUGCAGCACUGCUCUAGAAACUGGGUUGGAAUAUGAGUCCUUGUCAAACGCUCCAGGUGAAUAAACACCUCAAAUGCCGUUGUCUUUGCAAGUCAGCCUGCCCCUGUAGCCUCCCUGCCCCGGGGAUGUAGCUGGUGGUCAGCAAACCCUCGUCCUUCCCACCGUGAGGACGCCCUCUCACCCCGGGGGGAGAACGCGCUUCAUGUGAGUCCACGCCACACUCUUUCCAACACUCAUGUGUUGAGCAUAAAUGUGCUUUUGAAAAGAAA